UCUUAAGGCGAGGUGAGGACCCGAACGCAAAGUGAAACGAAAUGUCCAGGAUCGGUUGAUGGUUAAGUAGCGGUUGGGUGUCCUUUCCAUUGAGAGAACUAACGGGGUAGAAAAAAAAGAGGAGGAAAGCACCAGCGACGCAGGUGGAGGAACAAACCAUUAUCAAAGGAGAGAGAGAGAGGGAGGAAAAAUCGUGUGACGGUUCGGCCCAGGUGCAAUAUUGUUAUUAAUCCUUGAGUCAAACCAGAAGCUUUCGCCAUGGGGUUAUCACUUCCUACAUUCCUCAAAAAUAUUAUUGGAAAAAAGGAAAUGCGUAUUCUCAUGGUGGGUCUAGAUGCAGCUGGAAAGACCACCAUUUUGUACAAACUGAAAUUGGGUGAAAUUGUAACCACUAUUCCCACUAUAGGCUUCAACGUAGAAACUGUGGAAUACAAAAACAUUAGUUUUACAGUGUGGGAUGUGGGUGGACAGGAUAAGAUCCGUCCACUUUGGCGCCACUACUUUCAGAAUACACAAGGUUUGAUUUUUGUGGUUGACAGUAACGACAGGGAGAGAGUGAAUGAAGCUAAAGAAGAGUUGAUGAGAAUGCUAUCUGAAGAUGAGCUACGAGAUGCUGUGUUGUUACUUUUUGCAAACAAACAGGAUCUGCCUAAUGCAAUGAAUGCUGCAGAGAUCACAGAUAAACUAGGUCUGCAUCAACUCCGUCAUAGGACCUGGUUCAUCCAGGCAACCUGUGCAACCAGUGGAGACGGCCUGUAUGAAGGACUGGACUGGCUGUCCAGCCAGCUCAAAAGCAACAAAUAAUUUUUCCCCCCCUUCCUCCUUCCCCUUCCUGCCUGUCCCUUCUCCUUCCUGCUUCAUAAUGUAGUGUGGCAAACUGCUACUUUGUGGUAUUGGGUGCCAGGAAUCUGCUUCAUUACAUCCAAUCACGAACUAUAACAUACUGUAUGGGUGAGAAGUGCAGACAUGAAAGGAAAUAUGCAGUUUCUUAUUUAAAAUGUGUAUAUAUCGUCCCUUUUUGUAAUGAGGCAGCUUCUUGCUACUCCUAUGCAAUAUUUACCCUCAUGGUUGUUCUUUGUUUUUCCUUCUUUUUGAAGGUUUAAACUGAUGUGUAAAUAUUAAGUGUAGGAAAGGGAUAUACAAAUAGACUAAAGUGGGAGGUGUUUGUAUGCACCGAAGAGUGCAACGCACUGCAAAGUAUGUUAGCAGAUUUCAUUUGUUAACUCUGGAACAAGGUUCCAAGGUGUGGGGUAUGGCUUUUUGGAGGGAGGGAAGCUUGCAUGUGACUUUCCUACUUGUUUUCCUCCUUGCCCGGAUUUUGGGAGCGAAGGACUUUGAAUUUUCUCAAUUCUAACAUACAGUUUUGAAGUGAUUUUAUGGAUUCCAGUUCUCUUGCAAUGUCCUGUGAGUUAUUCUCAACGGUUGCAAAAGUAUCCCUUUCCUAGACCUAUGCAGGCUGGAUUUGAAAUCAGAAUAAAAUAUUCUAACCCACUUUUCUGCCUUCUGAAUAAUUUGAAGUCCAAUUUUCAAAUGGUUUAAUUUAAAAUGAGUAAAUACUGGUUAGUUAUUUGAUGGUGAAAUGCUGGAGGUUCAUAUGAAUUACAGGCCACUUAACUCAUGAAAGCAAAAUUAAUUUUAUCAGGGAAGAGGGAGUCAGUAACUGUGGCAACAAUUCUUAAACUAUUGAAGUGAAAAGACACAAUUAGCCAAAAGUGUCUAAUUGAUAACUUGUUUGAUUCGAGAGUUGUGCUGACUCUUCUCCUGCCUUGUGGCUCACCUGAGUAACUAUAAACUGACCACAGCAUGCUGGCACCAUUGGGUCAGAUGAAGAGCUUUUUGGCUUUUGUUAGCUUGUUCCUUGGCUAGUGUAUACCAGAUAGCAAUGUCCAGUGAAUGCACCUAAAUCCCUUUCCCCACCUUCUGUUUUUCUUAGUGUGUUGAAGUUACAUCUGAGUCAUUCCAUUUUUGGUGUUGAGCAAAGACCUGUUUCCAUCAAUUCCUGUUCCUUUUCCCUCGUGCUGUAGCACUGACUGUGGAGUUCAAGGCAAGACCCAGCCACCUGAUACGUGAAUACUGCAAGGACCUGGUUUGCCAGCAGUUUUUUUCCCCUAUCGUUACCUUAGUUAAGGCUGAGAAGUGUGGACAGUAAUACCUGGGUCUGAUCAGGUUGGGAUAUUGCUGUGAAGUUAAUCCUUUCAUUACAUACACUACUAAUCAAAUGUUUUGUAUACUUGUUUCAAUUUAUUUUGAUGAGCACUGUAAUUAAAGCUGUUAGAAUAAAAUCUAAGAUUCCUUAA